UGUCACAAGGCGAAAAACAUGGCUGCCUUCUUGUCCGUACAUAUCUAUUCCUAGCAGUUGCAAGCCGUCAAACGUUGGAUUUCGACGUUUAAAGUAGCUGCAUCUUUUUUCCCCAUAGUAUACGUGUAUUAUCCAUCGUUCGCCACUGAGAAAAAAAGCUGGACAACAGCACGUAGUAUUUAUUUAGAUAGCUGUAACGGACUUUCUUCUCAGUCUGUGUAGUCCAAACGAUGGCUUCUGCAUUUGUCGUUGGGGAUAAAUUCAGAGGUAAGGUAAAGGGGUUAUUAGAAAAUGCGAACUCGUCUCUCCCUGAAAGAUUAAAGGAGGAACUGGAGGAGACUCUUGGAAAAGCAGAACCGACGACUCUCUCCUUCAGUACAGCAAGAAAACUAAAGAAGUACCUCCAGGAAAAUGGACAUCCUUUCUAUCUGCAUGAAUUGCUGGAGGACAGCUCAUUACACCUGCCAGAGGUUGUAAAGCCUCCUAGAAACCCAGAGCUGGUGGCACGUCUUGAGAAGAUAAAAGCCAAACUAGCCAACGAAGAAUACAACAGAAUCACACGAAACGUCAACGCUCAGGAACUGAAUCGCAGUGGAACAUUAGCAGAUAUUGGACUGCAAGUGCGAUCAGCCAAAGCAGUGGUCGUGACUGUUUUCAACUUCCUGGUCACAGUGGUCGCUACGUUUGCCUGUUCGUACAUGGGCAGCCAGUACCUGUUCACUGACACAACAGCGAGAGUAAUAUCAGCUGUGAUUGCUGCAUCUGUGGUUGGGUUAGCUGAGCUUUACGUGCUGGUCCGGACCAUGGAGGGUGAACUGGGGGAGCUUUAGCAUCAAAAAAUAUAAAUAUAAUCCACAAAUAUUUCCUGGACUUUGGCUAUCUCUCCAAGCUUUCUGAUUCGGAUCAGACAUCUCAUUCUGUUGUGAAAUAUAUUGGACUUUUUUGAUUGGAUGAGAACAAGUGGAAUUUGUGAAUAUGAUUUAAUUUGCUGAGAAUGUAGUUUUUGAGUUCACUAGGAGCAUGAAAAGGAAGCUGUAAGAUUACAGGACAGAAAAUUGGUGUUAAAUGUCUGAAAAUCUGUUCUUCCUCUAUUUAAAAAACCUCAUUAAUUACAGCUCCUGUCAAGAUCAUUCAUUUUGUGUUGAAUUUUGCUCCCACUGUGGAUUAACUGGUAGCACUUGUUUCUUUAUUUUUUUUUUCUUUACUAAGUGUGUGUAAGUAAUGUUUUCAACAAUUAAAAAUAAUCCUGCUUUCUUCUAACAGUCAAAUGUAUCACACAGAAAGGAUCUUUGUUAUUCCAAAUGUAAAGAACAGAGUUUUUUCUGCAUUAUCAGCAGAAUUAGACUUAAAAAAGAAAUCUUAUAAAAAGGCUGACUUUUUUUGGUUGGGUGAUUAUGAAAAACUUGAAUUUAGCUUCAGGAAACAAACCAUGCAGAAUGUAUUGUUUAAUAUAUGGGGUGUGCAUGACAUGUCAAUAAAGUACAGUGAGUCAGUCUGCUGAAAAAGUUUCAUAACCAGAUAAAAAUUCCUCACUUGGAGCUUUAAUAUUAUACAUCUUUUCUCAACUCAAAUUUGAUUAAAAUAUGUGUAAUAUUCAUUGUUUAUGUACUUUCAUUUUGUAUUUCAAAUUUGCCCUUUGGUUUUUGUUCUCCUGUCUCUUCCUUGUUGGCUCUGUCCUGUAAAAAUGGCAUUUCCCUUUUCUUCUCUGAUGUAACCUUAUUUUUUAUUUCAAUAAAAGGAUAUGAACUGGCUAAAGCAAAUUCACAAAGUUUAUAAUCCUUCACUGACA